AUGAUUUCUUUGAUUCAGCCCAAGCACGAGUCAAGUGACACUGCUAGGCCCUCCAAGCGGCAGAAGACUGAGGUUUUGACACAUGUGCUGCCCUUAGGAAAGCAAAAAAACCCAGCAUUUGUCCCAUUGCUCGUUUCUCCCAGCUGCAGCACUACAGAACCAGAAGCCACGUCCUCCUCGACACCUUCAGAUAUUGAGAUAGAAUGUGAUAAAUCUCAAGCAGACAAUACUGAUGUUGUCUAUGACAUGAACGAGGAUCUCCUCAGGGUUCUUCGUCUUUUUGACUGCUGCUCUACUGAAAUUUCGGAAAGACCCGCAAACAAUUGUUUAUCAUUAGAAGAUAUUGUCCGCCAGUGGAAUCUUGUAUCUGGCCCAGAAGGCAUGGUGGACGACUAUAUCAAUAUCGAUGAAGAUUCCGCAUGUGGAAGCUCCGACACAAAGGAUACUAGUCACCAAUAUGAUACGCUAUGUGAAGGCAAAAAACCUAAUAAGAAAAGAAGGCGAUCAGUUUCGUAUAUUGCCGAUGAUCGUAAGCGAACCAAAGCUCAUAGCGAUCGAUGCAAGAGAAUCAUGGAUACUGUUAUGGAUCUGGACGCGGUGUCGCGACCUUUCAUUUUUCUGUACAUUGCAAGGCCGGAGUCGGUUUUGUCUAAGAGAGGAAAAUCCGUAGUCCACAUGUCUCCUGCAUUACAGGAGGCUUUUGAUUUCAUGGGUAAUAGCUGCCCCGUUGCUAACAUUGAAGAGACCAUCAAGUCAUACAUUGUUAAACAGACGCCUUUGAGUGUCAAGGUUCAACGGGUACAGGCAGAACUUUUGACAGAGCAGCGACGUCGCCAAGCAGCUGAAGCUCAGCUUGCAUCACUUACUCAGCAGUAA